GCUUCGGCUUCGCAACCAUCUAAGGAAGGUAGUUUCUUUUUACUGUAUGUGGACCCUUAUUCAAGCCGUUGGCGGUUGAGGAGCGGAGGAUUGGUGGGUCGACGAGUACAUGAGGCGGAAGGGUAGCGUUCCAUUCCCUGUUCGUUUCUGAUCAGAACAUAGCGGCACGACCUCGUCCGACUCCAGAAACUUUGGAAUCCUCACUAUCAGGUGCUUCCAAGGAGAGAGAACAGAAGGAAAAGCCAAUGGUAUGGUCACCACUUAUCAACUUAUGGUUCCUAGGCGUCGUACCCGCUGGGGUGCCCAGGGUGGCAGAAAUCGACCCGCAUCACCCACCCAAUCGUCGAUCACACCCUCGCAUACAUCCGUGUUUCCCGCGCCAGGCACGCCAGACUCAUCCUACUGCCAAUGCAACAUCGACACCUGCUUCUCUCCGGGCAACUCUUAUACGUCAACCCGGCCAGCCAUAUGGAGCGACUUAAGCGCAAGCACCAACGCCUCAACCACUUCAGCGGCCCAGAUGGUCCCGGCUCAUUCUCAUUCCGCAUCAAUCACGCCCGCACCUGAUCAACCAGACGUCGCUAUGGCGCAGGGCCAACCCAGUCCGAGCCGCGAUGCUAUCUCGUCACGUCCUCACUCACAGCCGCAAAGCGCAGCUGUCAAGAGGGGUCC